UAUUAGGACAGGGCUUUUCCCGAAUUAAAGUGGUCAAAACUGGACAAUGCAAGCAGAACUUGACCAUCGCAUUGCUGUGAUAGAACUUUUGGAAGACCAGAUAAUGCAUCUAGACUAAGGAAGGUAACACGACGAAAAGUGGUGGUCAUGACUUACAUCCGGGGAACUGUAUUGGCCGACCUCUCCGUGACCUGGGAUAUGCUACACAAAUUGGGGAAUCUUACAGGAAAAUUAAACCUUCGUAUGCAAUCGUUCCCUAACACUGACAAUCUUAACUACGACAGUAUGUGGAAGCUGUCUGAGAUUGGACAGCUCCUCGGCUUGGUACACUACGCCCCUAGUAAGAAACUCCAGGCCAUCUCAUUGGACAUCAUCACGGAAUUUAACUCAAAGGUUGCCCCUAAUAUGCAGACAUUCCAGACAGGGCUUAUCCACCAUGACAUGGGGCCACAAAAUAUCGUUAUGACACAGAACACCGACUCUACAUGGAAAGUGGCAGCAGUUUUGGAUUUCGGGGACGUCUGUACUUCCUGUUACGUAUUUGAGGUAGCCAUAAUGCUUUCAUCCAUUUUUAUGAACCAAUCCUCACGUUCACUGAAAUUAUCUGAAAUGGCCUUGACCCAGGACACGUUGUUUGAAUCCUAUACCGCAGUGAUGCCUUUGUCGGAAAUUGAAGAGUCGGUUUUAGACGUUUGUGUUAAGUCUCGUGUUCUACAAUGUAGUCUUAUUGGAGAAAAGACGCGAGAAACAGACCCAGAAAAUAAGUAUAUUGGAAACUAUAUUUGCUGGGAUGUCCUAGAAAAAUUGGAAUCGCUAGCAAGGAGAGACGGCAAUGUAAAGUCCCGUCGGGAAUGAAAACUAUGAAACGACUAAAUCGAAUAUACAGUGUAUGUAAUGGAUAUAGAACAGAGUUUGAUAGAUAGUCUAAUUCAUUGUGGGAGUAGAUUUAUCCUGUUACAACGUUUUAUUUUGUUUCUAGCUUACCGAGAACUUUCGAUGGCCAUUGCCCAGCUGGAUCAUUCAAGUGUUUGACACUAGGUGGCGUCUUAUUACAAAAUCAAACGAACAAAGAUAAAAAAAAAAUCUUACUAGUUUUAAUCUGUUGAUUUAGCUGAUGCGGAACGGGUUUAAUAAUAUUUCCUCUUGAUAUUAAUUAACAUGUUGAACGAUUAAACAGUUUUCACAUUUU